CCUUUUGAAGGCUUUUCUCCCAAAGGGCCAAAAAAACGAGGCUGGUGCUUGUUGGUGGUUUGAAAUUCCUUCUUUUUUGUGCUUUUGACUUUAAUCUUUCGAGACCACCUUCCCGCCUCCUUCAAGUCAAGUCUCUACGUUCCCGUCCACUUUCAUUUCGUCAACUGCAUCCAAUGUCGCGCGACCGCACGCAAGAUCUCCGUCGCCCUACCAACAAUGCUCCCCGCUACCCGUCGCCCGCAAUGACGCAAACUCGCCCCGGUGGUUCAUACAGUUCUUACGGUGGGAACGGUGGUUACGGUGAGAGCGACAUGGAGAUGGGUCGCUACGCUUCGUCAUACGGAGGAGGAGGUGGAAACUCGUAUGGACGGUCAAACAGCGGGUCUCAGUUGGACAGUUUCUUUGCCGACGUGGAGCAGGUUCAAAAGGGGAUUGAGCGUGUACGACAGAAUGUCAGAACCAUUGAGCAAUUGCACCAGCGGGCUCUCCUUGCAACGAGUCCAGAUGAACAAGCUCGUUACACUCGCCAAGUGGACGAUGUGCAGGACGAAACAAGCGACCUCAUUCAAAGUCUGCGUGCAACAGUGAAAAAGAUGGCUGCCGGAACAAAGAAUGCAUCACAGGCAGAUGCUGGUAUCCGACAGCAACAGCAAGCAGGACUCGCCAAGCGACUCAUGGAAGUAGCCCAAGAGUACCAGGACGUUCAAAUGAAAUCAAAACAAAAGUAUCGGCAACGCAUGGAGCGCGAAAUCCGGAUCGCCCGUCCUGACGCCACACCUGGAGAGAUUGAACGAGCCCUGGACUCCAACACGGGCAGUGUCUUUUCUCAACAGCUCUUGUCUUCCCGUGUCGGUGCCCAAAGAGCUGCUCUUGCAGAAGUUCAGAACCGUCAUGAAGAAAUCCAUCGUAUCGAACAGAGUAUCAACGAGCUCUUCACACUCUUUCAGGAAAUGCAGGCCAUGCUGGAGCAACAGCAGGAAACCAUCAACGCGAUUGAGACGCAUGUUGAGAACACGCAUGUGUAUAUCGAGGAUGGAAAUAAGGAAAUGACGCAAGCCAUCGUCCACAGAAAGAGCUCGAGAAAGACUGCCUGGUGGAUAUGCGCUUGCGUCCUGGUCUUGCUUAUUAUCGUCGCUGUUGUUGUGUAUAUCUAUGUUGUGAAACCGGCGCUCGAUGCAAAGAACGCUGCGCCAAAGUAAGGGAGCUCAAGGUUACCUUGCAGGAGUGUAUAUAGAACAACUCAAAAGGAAACUCAUGUACAUACGAUGGCGUAGAGAUAGACCGGUAACUGUGUCAGUUGUGGUUCUUGCUUAUUUUUGUUUAGGUUUUUGGUGAGAUGUUUGGGGCUUUGUUGCUGUGGAAGUGCCUGAUAGGAUUAUCUGUUUUUCUUAACAAGAUGUAUAUAUAACUAUAAUUUUGGGUGAUCCCGGAGACUGAAUCUGCCUGUCAUCAAAACGAAAUUGUUAUUGAAAAC